ACGUUAGAGGUAAACAUGGUGUCGCGAAGAAGAAGCGACGAGAUACUUGAAUUGCGAUAGUAAAGAGAAGAAAGAAAGAAGAAAAGGGAAGAUGAAGAUUUCCAAGAAAAAGGAAAAGGCAAAUGCUGCGGGUACAGCGAAGCCCCAGAAGACAUUGUUUGAUUUCUUCCAGAAGCCGGGCACUUCCAGCACCCAGGUGGAGAAGGUGUUGUGCCCAGCAUGUAACACACAGGUCGUCAAGAGCAAGAUCAAUUGGCAUCUUGACCAGGACUGCAAAAGCAAAGAGAAAAAGAAAAUGAAGAAGGGAAAGAGAAGCGCAGUAAAAGAGAAAAAAGUGACAAAGGACGGCAAAAAUAAGAAUAAGAGAAAGAAAGCCAUGUUGUCAGAGGAUGAAGAUGAGGAUGAAGAUGAUGAUGAUGAUGAGGAGGAUGAGGAUGUUGACAUCGAGAUACUUGAGCCCAAAAAGGAGGAAGAGGAUGAAAACUCUAAGGAUGAUUUCUAUAUCAAUGCCUCCAUGGUUGAGGUGAUGAUGGAUGAAGGCUGCAGCGAAAACACCAAGAAUACUCCAGUGCAAAGUACCAGAGAACCUGUUUCACCUUAUUUCUCGGGCGGUGUGCCACCAUCAAACGUCACUCCCGGAAAGAGGAAAGAGAAGGUCAUUGUUAACCAAAUUCCAAAGAUUGAGAGUAAUUCCAUAGCCCAGUUGCAAGCAGACUGGGACUCCCCUGAACCUACCCCAGAAAAAGUGAAGCACCCUUCAGCAUCAAAACCAAGGCAACCAACUCCAUGUUCAAGUGGGAAGAGCACUCCUCAAACAGUAGCUGGACAGGUCGUUAAAAAGAUGCUUGAGGAAGACUGGGGUUUGUGUUCUCCACAUACGCCCAAACCAAAGAAUAGUCCUAAGAAAUCUGGUAAGAAGUCAUCAGAAAAGGCCAGUAAAGAAUCUGUUGCUGAUGGGAAUAAGAGAGUCCAGGGUUGGUAUCUCCUGUGCGAUCCCCCACACCUCCCCAGACUGCAAAACACUCACCCAGUGAUAAGGAAACUUUUCACGCCCCCAGUGUCUCCACACGAUUCCCCAGACAGUUCGCCAGAAAGUUUCUCCAAAGGAAUAAGAAACAUCAAUCUCCUCGCCAGUAAUUCAAACUCUCCCGUGAAAAUGAGUCCAGGAACAUCCAGCCAAGCGAUGGAAACCAACGCGCAGGAGAGGACUCUGGUUCAUGAUCCUUCAAUAUACAGAGAUAGAAGAGGAUACUAUCUAGACAAUUUUAUGAGAAUCAUAGACACUGUUAUGUCACAGCCCCAAGACCUACAGCUUUUGAACUGUGAGGAUUUAGCAGUUAUAGAGACUUUCGUGAUAUCACUUUCAGCACAGAAACUGUAUGUGCGACUUUUUCAGAGAAAAAUUAAGUGGAAUAAAGCCUCCAAGAUUGAAUAUAAAGACAUAUGUGAUGCAGAAGAUACAAUGCUUUAUAUAAAGGAGCUUACAUAUGCAAAUUUUAUCUUGACAGAGACAGAAAUGACCGGACUAGAGGAGGUGUUGGCCAUACUCUCUAGUGAAGAAUUGCAUGGAUUGUGUAAGGAAAUGAAGAUCCGUAGUAGUGGGAAGAAGGAGGAAUUAGUUUCAAAUCUCAUAAAAUUCACCAAACAACAGAAAAGCAUAUUCAGUGCUUUUAAGAAGACAGCAAAUCAGGACUCUGUUGUCCUGAAAAGGGCCAAAGCAAUCCUUGGCCAUUGCUGUUUGGUGAACAAGGAGGUGCGACGGGUGUUCAUGAGAGUCCUCAUGCUCUAUGGCCUCCCACGGUAUGAUGAGGAGGAUGAAGGAGGACAGCAAUCCCAGCUCACAACGCUCCUGAUGGUGAACAUGGGCAAGAUGGAGUUCCCUGAGUUUGAGGUCAUCAGAAACCAUUCCAUCUUCAGGACGCGAGAAGACCUUCUCAGAUAUGAAACUUGCAAUCAGAUUCUCAUUGAUGUACAAGAGUGCAUGGAAGCACAGAAGUGGGAAGAAGCUUUGCAACAUUGCCAGCUUGCAGUAACAACCUAUCAGGAGCUUAUAUCCGAUGAAGAGUUGAUGAACCACGAGAAGUCGCUGCCAAGCUUCUUGCGUCGCUUUACAUCUGUGUCAGUCUUGAUUUACAUCUUGACGUGUUCUGUGAGUGACCAGAGGCUGAAGAGUUACCAAAAGGCAGUGGAUCAGCUACAGGAUUUGCUGAAACAGAGAACGCAUUUGCAGGACUACAGAGGAAGAUGGUUUGACAGACUAGCACUCAAUUUGGCAACACAUUUGAAGAAGCCAGCGCAGGCUGUUGACGCUAUUCAAGAAGCUUUAAAGGAUCCCGAGGUGCGGAAAGGCCAUCGCCUUUCACUAAGCAUGAGAGCAGAGAAAAUGGCAGCUUCUGCCCGACAUAAAUCACUGGCAGCAACCAUUGCUGAAAUGCCUCUUAUGCACCCAAGAGAAGCACCAAAGAUUAUUAUAGAAGGCAGAAGUCUCCCAGGGGACAUCCCUGGAUAUAAGAGGGGAGAAGGAGAAGUCACAGUGUGUUCUGUUGAGGAGUUGGUCUUGGGUCACUAUAAAGACCAGGGUUACACAGAAGGUUUGCACCGAGAAGGUACGACAGUGAACUCUCUAUUUGGCCUGUAUUUCUGGGAUGCUCUCUACUUGCCAGUGUCAGAUGUAUUCAGAUCUCCACACCAGGCAUCACCCUUAGAUUUGGAUGACCCAAACUUUUAUGCGGCCAGGAAAGAGUGGAUUGACCGAAGACUCGGUGAUAUGCGUCUUUGGUCGGAGGAAAGAGCAGUUAGUGAACUGGAGCAAGUAUGGACUCAACACAUUGGAAAAGUUUCCCUCGUGGCUUGGGACCUCUUCCGUAACCUAGAUCAUGCCAAGAGUUUGGUGGCAAGUAUGGGUACAAAUACUUUGGCUGCAGUGUGUGAGCGCCUUGCUAAAGAUCACAGGUUCACACGCAGUGGUUUCCCAGAUCUUGUGGUUUGGGACCCUCUCAAUAAAAAAUGUCGAAUUGUUGAAGUAAAAGGACAUGAUCGACUGUCAACAAAACAGAUCCUCUGGCUUGAAUACUUGCUUGAUAGUGGUGCAGUUGCUGAAGUCUGUCAUGUUGAAGCAAUUGGAGCCAAGAAGAUGAAGAAGGCAUCGCCUCGGAAGAUCUCACCCAAGAAAGUAUCACCCAAGGAGUCACCUCCAAAGUCAAGGAAAGGUGGAAAAAGGUCAAAUUGUGAUGAUGGAGAGGAUGGUGGAAGCAACGAGAAUAAAAAGCAGGCAAAAAGAAGGAAGAAAGCGCCAAGACUGAUCUGCCAAAAAAGGGGAGAACGGGUAAGUUGCAAGAUAAGGGGAUGA